UUUUUUUUUUUUUUUCAAUUUUUUUGAUCCUCAUACAAAAACGAUGAUGGACACUUCUGCUGACGCUUCUGCCACUGCCGCUGCCGCCGCCGGCUCCGCAUCGUCUGCGUUCGGUGCGUCUGGUGCAGCUGGCAGUGCCGCCAGCAGCUCCGCAAUGAAGAUUGAGCGCGCGACGACCAAGACCAAGCGCGUGGCUGCCCAUAGCCAUGUGAAGGGCCUCGGCCUCGACGACAACGGCGACGCCCAGCCAAUCUCAGCAGGCCUUGUUGGCCAGACUGAAGCUCGCGAGGCAUGCGGCGUCAUUGUCGAACUCAUUCGCAGCAAGAAGAUGGCUGGACGCGCGGCGCUUCUCGCUGGUCCUCCUGGCACUGGCAAAACCGCGCUUGCACUUGCUGUCGCCCAGGAGCUUGGUCCCAAGGUGCCAUUCUGCCCCAUGGUCGGUAGCGAGGUCUACUCAUCUGAGGUUAAAAAGACGGCCGUGUUGAUGGAGCAUUUCCGUCGUGCUAUUGGCCUCCGAAUCAAGGAAACCAAAGAAGUCUUUGAGGGCGAAGUCACAGAGCUCAAUCCCGAAGAGACUGACAACCCGCUUGGCGGCUACGGCAAGACUCUCGCAUCCGUUGUUGUGGGACUGAAGACCACCAAGGGCACCAAGCAACUUCGUCUCGAUCCCUCCAUCUACGAAACCAUUCAAAAGGAGAAGGUCUCUGUUGGCGACGUUAUCUACAUUGAAGCCAACAGCGGUGCAGUAAAGCGCCAAGGCCGUUGCGACGCGUACGCCACGGAAGCCGAUUUGGAGGCCGAGGAAUACGUCCCGCUGCCGAAGGGCGAUGUGCACAAAAAGAAGGAGGUCAUUCAAGAUGUUACGCUCCACGAUUUGGAUGUUGCCAACGCUCGGCCUCAGGGCGGCCAAGACAUCAUGUCCAUGAUGGGUCAGCUCGUCAAGCCCCGCAAGACAGAAAUCACGGACAAGUUGCGACGAGAAAUUAACAAGGUGGUGAACAAGUACAUUGAGGACGGCGUGGCCGAGCUCGUUCCCGGUGUGCUUUUCAUUGACGAAGUGCACAUGCUGGAUCUCGAGUGCUUUACCUAUCUUCACCGUGCUCUCGAGUCGACGCUUGCGCCAAUUGUCAUUUUCGCCACCAACCGCGGCGCCUGCGAAGUCCGCGGCACCGACGGAAUCAUUUCACCACACGGCAUCCCCCUCGAUUUGCUUGAUCGUCUGCUGAUUGUGCGGACAAUGACCUACUCGGUUCAGGAGAUUGUGCAAAUCAUUGCCAUCCGAGCCCACACCGAGGCUAUUGCCAUCGAGGAAGAAGCUAUUGCUUUCCUCGGCGAGGUUGGUGAUGCUACGACACUAAGAUAUGCUGUUCAACUCCUUUCGCCCGCAUCGCUGCUCGCUCGCACAAACGGCCGCGAGCGCGUCAGCAAGGCGGAUAUUGUCGAGUUGUCGCAGUUGUUCUUUGAUGCCAAGACGUCAGCCAAGCAUUUGGCAGAGAACGACGAAAAGUACUUGCAUUAAAAACAACAGCCCCCACCGUUUUGAUCGCACUUUAGUUGUUAAUGCGGCAGAUCGGUUCUGUUGUUUCGGGUUGCUUGUUCUUUUUGAUUUUCGUCAUUGUGUCAUCUGUUGUGAUUCCCAAUAUAUUCAAACCUUUUCGUUAUGACGUACU